CUUCACUUCUUUGCAUUACCAUCUCUUUCUCUCUCUCUCUCUCCCUCUCGAAAAUGAGGAGGAAUUGUAAUUUGGAACUCCGCCUUGUGCCGCCUUCUGUCUCUCUCCAAUCUUCGGAUUUUGACGAACACCACCGCCAACCGCAACCCAUGAUGAAUUUUUUGGGUGAAAGUCCAAAUCAGCAGCAGCAGCAGCAGCUUACCAUUUUCUAUAAUGGAAAUAUCAGUGUUUGUGACGUUACAGAGCUUCAGGCGAGAAACAUCAUAUGGCUAGCAAGUCGAGAAAUGGAGGAAAAAUCGAAGACCCCAUCUGGGUCACAGCCAUCGUCGCCAUUGCUACAAUCUCCAGUGUAUAGCCCUGCUACUGGUCUUUCAAUGAAAAAAUCUUUGGAAAGGUUUCUUCAGAAGAGAAAGUACAGGAUCCAAGCAACUUCUCCUUAUCAUUAGUCACUAGCAACUUACAUAGAUCGGAGUGAUUCACCGGUGGGAAGACAAUGAUCUGUACUAGUCCUUAUUGUUUCUUUCUGUUGCGUAGAUCUGCUGUAUUGGAUUGAUUUUGUCGAGUGGAUUGUGUUGAUUAUGUGAAAACCUAGGUUCCUGUUAUGUUAUAUUGUUUGUUAUAAAUGUGAC